AAUGAGAUCAGCAUUUUGCUCUGUAGCCAUGGGCCACUUAGCGAUAGAUUUUCGACAAGAUUUCAAUGUAUUUCACCCUCGAGGCUAACACAAACGCUUCUGCUAAGCAUUCACCCCAGGCAGCGUUACCACAUUUCUCCCAUGAAUACAAGCCUAGAGAGCUUUCAAGUCCCGAGAUCUCAUCUUCGCAACGCCUCAUCUACAAGACACAUCUCAUCAACCGCAGUCUUCCCCGACCACACCACACUUCAUCUCAAUACACCCUCAUCAAUCCCUUGUCAUGGUUUCCACGAUCCCCUCUACUUGCGCCGACUUCAUCGUCAACAACCUUACCGCCGUCAACACCAGCCACGUAGGACGCGAAACCGUCGAAGCCUGCCCAAUCUGCAAGGAAAUUUUCAGCGCCGAGAACCCACCCGUUCAAGUGACCAACAACGUCAAUUGCAGCCACAUCUUUGGUCGCGCCUGUUUGAUCCGCUGGGUCUCCAUCAAUGGCAAGAAUGCCUGCCCCGUGUGUAGAGCAAAGCUCUACGGGAGAAAGGAGAGGAAAUACUGGAUCCCGAACCCCAUUUGGACGCAGCCUGGUCUUGGGCGUCUUUACACGGAUGUGUGGACUCACUUGACCCCAGCCGAGGACGGCGAUCGUUUUUUAGCGGCGAUUCAAGAGCCGGGUGGCAGUUUCAGAGAUACGAUCCGCAAUGACGAAGAGCUGGAGCGGGUUACAAGCGAGCUUGGCCUAAUUAACGGAUGGGCGCAGCCCAUGAGAGAAGGCGGACUAGAGCAAGAGGAACACAGUAGAGAGCGCGAAGAAGGGGAACUUCUACGAUUCUCGGAACGAGCGCUCGCCAUGGACCGAGAACCGCGCCGAGAUGGCUUUCUCGGGCUUCAAUACUCUGCAUUUCUUGUCACGCGAUCUGAGCACGAGGGAGGCCCCCGUCACGAUCGUGGGGAAGACCGCCAGGCAAAUAAUGACAAUCAUGGGGAAUUCGCAGAAGCAGUCCAGGUGCAGCUAGAUUUACGCGGUCCUGAGGACUUUAUGAGGAAUAGGCUUGCUGCACGCUCUGCGGCACGCCCAAAUUCGUUCUAGAGCUCUGGUUAUAGUAAGAGGCCGUCCGGCGAAGUGGGCGUUUAGGCAACAGGAGGAGUAUCAACCGGAGGUCGAGAUUCUUCAGGGCAUGAUUAUCUAGUAUGGAGAAUAUUUUGAGCGGCACGUCCGGAAAUUCCACCAGCGCGUGC